AUGCGGUGCUUCUCCUGCUUCAAUCCAUCUACUACACAUGAUCCAUCUGAGGAUCAUUAUAAAACCGCCAUCAAACUCUCGCGGCAUGAAGAAGAAGAUCGCAUCGUGCGUCUGAGAAGAGAAAAAGAUGAACAGAUUGAAUUUGAGAGGGUCAAGGAAGAAAGUUUGAAGUUAGCUAAGGAAGAGGAGGAAAAGAGAAGAUUGGAAGAAGAGUCAAAGGAGAAAGGCAAAACUAAGCAAGUGGACGAUGAUCAAGUGGAGGAUAAGGGACAGAUUAACGAUUCCAAAGACAAAGAUGUGAAUCCUCCUCCUCCUCCUCCUCCUCCUCCUAGCAUAUGCAAUGGUUGCAAAUCUGAGAUCAAAGAUGGAUCAUCUGUCAAUGCCUUUGGUGAUCUUUGGCAUCCUGAAUGUGUGUGUUGCCUUCAUUGCCACAAACCAGUUGCUAUGGACGAGAUUUCAAGAAAAGGAAAAUUUCACAGACCUUGCUAUAAGGAGCACCGUCAUCCCAACUGCUACGUCUGCAAAAAUAAGUUUCCUUCAACAGAGAAAGGUAGAGAGUACAAGGAGCAUCCGUUCUGGAAGGAGAAAUACUGUCCUUGCCAUGAAGAUGAUGGAACUGCCAAGUGUUGCAGCUGUGAAAGAUUAGAGCCUAGGGGAACAAACUAUGUGAUGCUUGGUGAUGAUCGGUGGCUAUGUCUAGAGUGUAUGGGAUCUUCGGUUAUGGAUACUUACGAGUGCCAUUCUUUGCAUUUGGAAAUCCGUGAGUUCUUGGAAGGCUUAUUCUUGAAAGUUGACAAAGAGUUUCCUCUUCUUCUUGUUGAGAAACAAGCUCUCAACAAAGCUGAGGAAGAAGAGAAGAUUGACUAUCAUCAUGCAGUGGUAACAAGAGGCCUCUGCUUGUCUGAAGAGCAAAUUGUCACAAGCGUAAAAAAAGGGCCAAAGAUGGGAUCAAACAAAAAGCUAGUAGACUUGGUUACAGAGACUCAAACGGUGAGUACUGGAUGCGAGGUCACUGCAAUUCUCAUCAUAUAUGGACUUCCUAGGUUACUCACAGGAUCUAUCUUGGCUCACGAGAUGAUGCAUGCUUGGCUUAGACUCAACGGUUAUAGGAAGCUUAAGUUAGAGCUGGAAGAAGGAUUAUGCCAAGUGUUAGCCCUUAGGUGGUUGGAGUCUCAGACAUUUGCCUCUGCUGAUGCUGCUGCUGCUUCUUCUUCUUCUUCUUCCCGCACUCCUCCUGCUGCAACCACGUCAAAGAAAAGUGACGACUGGUCCGAUUACGAGAAGAAGCUUCUCGAGUUUUGCAUGUACCAGAUCAAAGAAGAUGAUUCACCGGUCUACGGUCUCGGAUUCAAACAGGUUUAUGAGAUGAUGGUCUUGAAUCAUGACAACCUUAAGGAUACUCUAAAAGACAUUGUUAGAGAUUCAAAUAUUUGA